AUGGAUACAAUACCGAAGAAAAAUGAUGAAAAAGAUACAAAGGAGGAUUUGGAAAAAAAAUAUCGAUUACCAACUGAAAGUAAAAAUCAAUGGGACUUACGGAAGCAUUUUAUUGAAAAAUAUUGGGAUAAAUACGAUGAAGAUCGUUUAUUAUGUUUAGCUCAAUGUUAUGUCAAUAUGCGGUGUUUGGGAUGUAAAUAUUCAAAAUCACUCGAUUCAUUAAUUGAAGGCCUUGCAAAAGAUAUUGAAUAA